UGAACCCGCGUAUCGGGGACAUCCUGCAGAAGCUAGCCCCCUUCCUGAAGAUGUACGGAGAGUACGUGAAGAACUUUGACCGGGCCAUGGAGCUGGUCAACACCUGGAUGGAGAGGUCGUCCCAGUUCAAAGCCAUCGUCCACCAAAUCCAGAGAGAGGAGCGCUGUGGUAACCUGACCCUACAGCACCACAUGUUGGAGCCGGUUCAGAGGAUCCCUCGCUACGAGCUGCUGCUGAAAGACUACCUUCACCGUCUCCCUGACGACCAUGAUGACUUUCAACAUGCACAGAAAUCACUAGAGUUAAUCGCCACAGCUGCCGAGCACUCCAACACUGCCAUCAGAAAGAUGGAGCGUAUGCGCAAGCUGCUGAAGGUGUAUGAGUUGCUGGGAGGAGAGGAGGACAUCGUUAACCCUACUAACGAACUCAUCAAGGAGGGACACAUCCUCAAACUGUCGGCGAAGAAUGGCACCUCACAGGACAGAUACCUCAUCCUGUUCAAUGAUAGGUUAUUGUACUGCGUCCCUAAACUGAGGCUGAUUGGCCAGAAGUUUGGGGUGCGAGCCAGGAUCAACGUGGAUGGGAUGGAGCUGAAGGAGAGCAGCAGUGUUAACGUUCCCAGGACCUUCCUGGUGUCUGGAAAACAACGGUCACUAGAACUACAGGCCAGGACUGAAGAAGAGAAGAAGGACUGGAUCCAGGCUAUCCAGGCCACCAUUCAGAGACAUGAACAGACGCUCGCCACGUUCCACCAUCUCAACUGCUCUCUCCGAGAUGAGGACUACACUCCUCCCAACUCACCUAAUUGUUCCGAGCUGGGGAAGCGUGCCCCCACUCCGAUCCGUGAGAAGGAGGUGACUCUGUGUAUGAAGUGCCAGGAGCCGUUCAACUCCAUCACCAAGAGACGUCACCACUGCAAGGCCUGUGGACACGUGGUGUGUGGAAAGUGUUCAGAGUUCAGGGCCCGUCUGCUCUACGACAACAACAGGGCUAACAGGGUGUGCAUCGACUGCUACACCACCCUAGUGGGGGUUCCCCCUUCCCCCGCCAGCCUGACCUGCAGCAUAAACAGACGACGGUCAAUACUAGAGAAACAGGCGUCAGUGGCAGCAGAGAACAGUGUGAUGUGUAGCUUCCUCCACCACAUGGAGAAGGGAGCAGGCAGAGGCUGGCAGAAAGCCUGGUUUGUCAUCCCAGAGAAUGAACCACUGGUGCUGUACAUAUACGGUGCCCCUCAGGAUGUGAAAGCCCAGCGCUCUGUCCCUCUGAUUGGCUUCGAGGUCUCCCUUCCUGAGUCAUGUGACCGCCUGGAACGCCGCUUUGCCUUCAAAAUCAGCCAAUCACACCUUACGCUCUACUUCAGUGCCGAUGGGGAGGAGCUACAGCGCCGCUGGAUAGAGGUCCUAUCACGCGCAGGGAGAGGGGAGGAGCUACAGGCUCACGGUUCAAUUACAGAGGCCCUAGAGGAGGAAGGGGAGGAGACUGCAACCUCGGGAGAGAAUACAUGAUUGAUUUUGAGGCGUACAAUCAAUAUUAGAUCUGUUCUCGAAAGACACAAAACUACAAACUGUACAGAACAUGAGCAGCACACACAGGUAGACACACACAGGUAGACACACACAGGUAGACACACACAGGUAGACACACACAGGUAGACACACACACACCUCUUUGUAUUAAUGUCAGUGAUCAGUCAGUUGCAUGAUAAUAUCUACAGGUCUGUUUCUCUCAGUCAGUGUAUUGCUCAUCAACUCGUCACAGUGAACCAGUGUUUGCAACAACAUCAAAACAAACUGCCAAAAGUCAAAGAAAAGUGUUGCUCUCGAGGAGGACCCUUCAGAAGAUAUAUCAGAAGAAUGCAGUAAACAAAGAUGUGUGUCACAGUGAAUAGCUUCCCUCCAGUCAGACAUUGACAUUGCGUGUCACAGUGAAUAGCUUCCCUCCAGUCAGACAUUGACUUUGUGUGUCACAGUGAAUAGCUUCCCUCCAGUCAGACAUUGACAUUGUGUGUCACAGUGAAUAGCUUCCCUCCAGUCAGACAUUGACAUUGUGUGUCACAGUGAAUAGCUUCCCUCCAGUCAGACAUUGACAUUGUGUGUCACUGUGAAUAGCUUCCCUCCAGUCAGACAUUGACAUUGCGUGUCACAGUGAAUAGCUUCCCUCCAGUCAGACAUUGACAUUGCAUGUCACAGUGAAUAGAUUCCCUUCAGUCAGAUAGACAUUUUACAUAAAUUCAUUCUGAGCCACAGAACAGACUUCCUCCUCCUCACCAUUUCUCUCUCUGCCAAAUCCAUGUUUAAGAUAUGAUGUUUAGAGCAUUGAGUUGUUCUAUGGUUCUGAGUGUUCCAUGGUUCUGAGUGUUCUAGGGUUCUGAGUUUUCUAUGGUUCUGAGUGUUCUAGGGUUCUGAGUGUUCUAGGGUUCUGAGUGUUCUAGGGUUCUGAGUGUUCUUGGGUUCUGAGUGUUCUAGGGUUCUGAGUGUUCUAGGGUUCUGAGUGUUCUAAGGUUCUGAGUGUUCAUGGGUUCUGAGUGUUCUAAGGUUCUGAGUGUUCAUGGGUUCUGAGUGUUCAUGGGUUCUGAGUGUUCUAUGGUUCUGAGUGUUCUAGGGUUCUGAGUGUUCUAUGGUUCUGAGUGUUCUAUGGUUCUGAGUGUUCUAGGGUUCUGUGUGUUCUAUGGUUCUGAGUGAUCUAGGGUUAUAUCCUAUCCUAUCUGUUACUUUUCUUCCUGAUGCACUGAGAUGGUCCUGAAGGUCUGGACUGGACAGUGUUGGAAUGUGAUGAUGGAUGAGGGCUACCUGAGACAGACAGACACACUGACAGACAUUGUCAGAUAGACAGACAGACAGAUGUCCCCCUUGGCUGAAGAGAAGAGGGAACAAGAUGCCUCCUCUCUCCCAUCCACAAAGCUAUAUCCUUCAACAUCUGCUGUGGGGGAUGUGAAGCUAUAUCCUUCCACGUCUGCUGUGGGGGAUGUGAAGCUAUAUCCUUCCACGUCUGCUGUGGGGGAUGUGAAGCUAUAUCCUUCCACGUCUGCUGUGGGGGAUGUGAAGCUAUAUCCUUCCACGUCUGCUGUGGGGGAUGUGAAGCUAUAUCCUUCCACGUCUGCUGUGGGGGAUGUGAAGCUAUAUCCUUCCACGUCUGCUGUGUGGGGAUGUGAAGCUAUAUCCUUCCACGUCUGCUGUGGGGGAUGUGAAGCUAUAUCCUUCCACGUCUGCUGUGGGGGAUGUGAAGCUAUAUCCUUCCACGUCUGCUGUGGGGGAUGUGAAGCUAUAUCCUUCCACGUCUGCUGUGGGGGAUGUGAAGCUAUAUCCUUCCACGUCUGCUGUGGGGGAUGUGAAGCUAUAUCCUUCCACGUCUGCUGUGGGGGAUGUGAAGCUAUAUCCUUCCACGUCUGC